AUAUUUUUGUACUCAGUAUGAAUAAUAACCCUUGACCCUAGUUUAUCACUUUGUAGCAAUCAGUUUGUGUCAGUGUUAUAUAUAGUUCAGUUCUUUUAGUAGAGUUAUUGCCGUUAGACGCUUGAAAAAUGAUAUUCAUAUUAUUUUUGUCUAUAAUUUGCCCUUUGCUCUGUUAUGGAUGUCAAUUUCAUUGCAGUCGAGACUUUGCCAUGGUUAGCUUAAAGCGCCCGACCUAUGACUUCUCGGUUCGCAUUUUAGAUCGUGUCUCACAAGAAACUGGUGGCCAUUUCGUUUUUUCUCCUAUAUCUACAUGGCUACAGUUAAUGACGCUUGCCGAAGGUGCAAAAGGGCCUACAGCAGAUGAAAUAUGGAAGGUAACCAGAUACCACAGAAGGAAAUGCUUUCGUAGAAAAUAUCGAGAAAUCUUUAAUUUAAUGGAUGAGGAACUACUGCCAAUGACAAAAAGAUCCAGUACCAUCGUAGUUAAUAAACUCUUAAAUGUGAAAAAAAAAUUUACAAAUGAAGUGAUGAAAAGUAAGGAAACAAGAGUGCUUUCAAUAGAUUUUUAUGAUACAGUUGGUGCAGCUGAGAAAGUUAACGAUAUUAUUAAAACAAAUAUGGAUCAAGUUAUCGAGGAGGGAUUGUAUCAAGAUGAUUUUAAUUUAACUGUGUUGUUAUUUGUUGACACAGCGUACUUCAGAAGUGACUGGCAGGCACCAUUCAACCCAGUAUACACUUCAAGAGAAUCAUUCUAUUCGGAAGAAAAUAAACGUAUUGGUGAAGUUAAACUGAUGACACAAAUUGGAUACUUCAACGUAACUGAUGUCUCAUAUGUGAAUGCGAGGGUCUUAGAACUACCUUUUAGUCUAGAAGGCAGAGUAUCAAUUUUAAUACUACUACCAAUGGAGGGUUCUGUAAAAGAUAUGUAUUACAAAUUGAAAGACAUUCGAUUGACGACCAUAUAUAGUUUAUUUAAAUUAACAGGCCCUGUGUUGGUGUCUGUAAAACUGCCAAGGUUUAAAAUAACUACGAACUUGGUAAAUAUACCUGAAUUGUUAUAUGAUAUGGGCGUUAAGAGAGUAUUUUACCCAAAUUUGGCUGAUUUAAGCGGGAUAAGUGAUUAUAUGACGCAUGCUUCAAUAAUGACUCAAAUAUCUGAUAUAGAAAUAACAGAAAAGGGUGUGAAUGCCAGUUCUAUGGCCGAGUCUCUCAUAUCCAAUCCGUACACAAAAGAAGAAUUUGUCGCUAAUCGUCCAUUUGCUUAUUUAAUAGUUGAUAGGAAAACUGAUAUUAUUUUAUUCGCUGGUAUGUACAGUAAUCCGUCUAUUUAUUAAACUUAAACAAAUA